CUCUAUACAACAUUCAACAGCAACCAGAGCCAUCAUCCACAUUUCCUACGAUAGCUCUCAAAUUGACACCCAUCUCACCCCAAGAAACCAUGUCCAACACCAACCCCACCACCAACAACCAAACCCUCCUCGCCGCCAAAUCCUGGCUUCGUGACUACCAUACCCUAGGCGACGAACUCAAUCCCGACAUCGCCGUCCCCAAAUUCUACACCCCAGACUGUGAGAUGAGGUUCCCAGGCCAUGCUCCAAUCAAGGGCCAUGAAGCAAUUAUCAGCUUUUUCAAAGAGCAGUCCACGAUCCUGGAGAGCAUGAAGCAUACUAUUGGCCAUGUGGACGUUCUUCCUGAUCGCAUCUAUCAGGAGGCGACCAUCGACUAUGUUUUGAAAGGUGACGAGGAGAAGAAGGUGGUUAGUGUUCAGGGUAUGGCGAUCUUUGGGAAGAGGGUGGAUGAGGAUAAGAUGAGGUUUUUCACGGUGUAUUUGGAUACGAGUCCUUUGGUGGAGAGGGUUAGGGUUGUUACUGGUGCUAGGGAGAAGUGAGUUGGGGUAGUAUAUACGUG